UUUCUGCUGCACGUUUGUUUGUAGUUAAAUGUGUAGUAUGUGUUUAACAGUUUAUAUUUAAUAUUUGCCUGUAUUAGGUCAGCAUUGAAUGCCCGCCGUUACAUUUCUCCUACUUGUCCAGACAACAAAGCGGAAGUAGCUCCUUCUCAAAUUUAAUCUUGUAACAUAGCUUGUUUUGUAGCUAAGUUGAGACUUUUUAAAAAGCCGUUUAAAACAUGGCAGCGGAUGAUACUCCUUGCUUAGAGUUCAUGGACUGGGAAAUUGACACCUCGACAUCUGAUGAACCAAAACAAGAGAAAAAACUUUCUGCCUCACAACGGAGAUACUACAGCUUCUGCAGGAGGAAGUCAUUUGCUGCCUUUGUGGCAUCCAAGAGGGACAGCAGUCAGGAGGAAGGGAGUACAUCUUGGUGCUGCUGUGGCAAGACUUUCAAGGAACACUCUGCCAUUCACAAACACAUGGCCAUGACUCAUGAUACUGAAAUACAGCAGCUCACAAAGGCCACAUAUGAGCGUCUGCUAAGCCAGAUGGAAGAAGAACCCGAAACACCGCAGGCAAACAAGUGCAAGGCAGAGCCGGUGGACAUUUCUGCAUGGAUACCUGAGACUGGUCACAUGUCUGAGGAGCAACUUCAAAAGGGUCCAGGGAAGGUUCUCCUCUAUUAUCACUACUGUCAAGUGGAGGAUCCACAUGUCAUCUGUGCUUGGCAGAAAGCUUUGUGUGAGAAGCUCCACUUAACUGGCAAGGUGAGGGUGGCGACUGAAGGCAUCAAUGGAACAGUUGGUGGCACCAACAUGGCCACUGAUAUUUACAUAGAUGCAAUGUGUUCACACCCUCUCUUCAAGAUGGAUAAGGAAGAUUUUAAGACAAGUGAUGGUGGAGCAGAGUGUUUCACAGACUUGAGGGUCGGGGUGUAUAAGGAAAUUGUCCCAAUGGGAGUGGAUCCUAAUGUUAUUUCCUACCGUCUGGCAGGGGUUCAUUUGGAGCCAGAGGAGUUUCAUAAAGAGGUUAAGGCUCUUAUGGCUCAAGACGAUUUGUGCAGUGACACCAUUCUGUUGGACUGCCGCAAUUUUUAUGAGAGUAAAAUUGGGCAGUUUACUCGGUGUCUGGCCCCAAACAUCCGUAAGUUCAGCUACUUUCCAGACUACGUUGACCAGAACCUCGAACUGUUCAGAGACAAGAAGGUCUUAAUGUACUGCACAGGAGGGAUCCGCUGUGAGCGUGGCUCUGCCUACCUCCGCUCCAAAGAUGUAUGUAAAGAGAUUUACCAGCUGAAAGGUGGAAUCCAUAAAUAUCUGGAACGUUUCCCAGAGGGUUUCUAUCGAGGGAAACUUUUUGUGUUUGAUGAACGCUACGCCAUCUCCUCCAACGACGACGUCAUCUCAGACUGCAGGUACUGCCGCUGUCUCUGGGACCAGUAUGAACUCUGUUCCACCCAGUUCUGCUGUCAGCUGGUUCUGUCCUGUCCCAGCUGCAGACAGGAUGGACACACCGCCUGCUGCCCCACCUGUCAAACCAAAGGACAGGCUCAGAGCGAAGCAUCGCCAGCUGUUCUGCAUCACAAAGAGGAGUGCGAAUGCACCCUUGGACGUCCCAGAAUCCCUCAGGAUGUGUAGCAAUACAAAAUGCACAACUUCAGUGAGUGUAAGGAGUCCAGUAUAUUUUAAAUGAAUUGAAUGAAUUUUUUAUAUGAAUAUUGGGAAUUAAGACAGAUUUACCUUACCUAAGGUUUAGUUCUGAAGACAGAGUCAUCCAUGAGUAAUAGCUGUUAAAACCAUGAGAAAAUAUAAGUAUACAACUGCAAAAAGUUUUAUUACAUGAAUUUCGUAGAACUGGAAUGUUUCAUGACUAAUGAAAGCUCAGUGGUGUGUGCGUGGAUACGUGUUCUUUUUUAAAAAUCAUUGCUGUUAAUUACAUGUUUAUUGUUCCAAUUCAUGUUUCACAUACAGUUUUAAAUCUGAAUAAUUUGAAUUUUGUUGCAUAAAAAUAUACUGAAGACAGUAUACAGCAAGUUUUGUGUUCUCUCAUCCAUGCAGUCUCUGACCAAAAAGGGGGUUAGGGAGACUGCAGGUGUACCUGAAACACUUGGAAACCACAAGCAGCAACACAUCUGUGUGCCUUACUUGGAAUGAUAGAACUGAAAGAAUUCAGCUCAGUGUGAUUAUGAAACCAUGCAAAAGCAGACCACAAGUAAUGUCAGGUGUACAGCCAAGUCUCAGCAGGUCUCCAUGUGAGUGAUUUCAAUAAAAUAAAGUAGUUGCAUCA